AUGGAGAAAGCUUAUUCAAAGUCAGUUUUACAAAUUCCAUCGAAAAAAUUAGAAACUAGAGAUCUAAAUCAAUCGAAUAACUAUUCAACAAGAAAAUCCAAAUGUACUAUUCGACGAUAUAAUGUAAACAACUCAUGUGCAGUCACGUAUAGUGAUACUUUUACAUAUACUGCAUUUCCAACAACAGCUCAAUGUUCAAAUUGGCAAACUUUUACAAGUACUUUAACUUGUCGAAGCUAUUCCAAAAUGCAUAUUUAUGGUUCAAAUGAUCAAACAGGCGCGGUUUUAACAGAUUCAUUUGUCGUCACUGCACUUGCUGCAGCUUUGAGAUAUAAUGGAUCAAUUACUAUUAAUUCAAAUGGAGCUAUUUGGAGUGUUGGUUCAUGUUGGGGUGGUUAUGGAAUUGGUUCGACCGGUAGUUGUAAUUGUGGUAAUGGCUAUGCAGUUAGACCAUGUGUCACUUCUACUUACUAUUGGGGAGGAACAGCUGGUACAAUAUGUAAUGCACAAUCACAAACUCUAUCGAUUUCUUUUUCAUGA